AUGUCGUGUAACGGGGAUGUAGCUGAACGUGUGAAAAGAGAAGAAAACAAAGUAUCAAGUUUAGUGAAAAAGUUUAAACAAAUAAAAGAUGUAAUAACAGUGGAACCAUUAAUCGGACUAUACCAAUUUGCGAUUUUUAUAUCAAGACCAGCAUUAGAAAAUUUAGAACUGGAAAAAGCAUGUAGGGUGAAUUUAAACUACAACGAUACCGUUUGUGAUUCCAUACUUUCAGGACAUCAUAAAAACUAUUCAAUUGAAAAUAAUAACAUACAAAUAAUAAUAAGUAAAAUGCAUUCAUGGCAACAACCAAUAACGAGUUUUUUUCCACUAUUACUAAUUCUGUUCUUAGGAUCAUACAGUGACAGACACAAGUGGAGAAAACCUUUUUUUAUUAUUCCUCUUAUUGGUGAUAUUUUAGGAUACUUAGGAAAUAUUUUGUCAGUCACUUACAUGCGUACUUGGCCUCUUGAAGUACAGGGAGUUUUUCAAAAAAUAGUCCCGUCAAUUUUCGGCACCCAACCAAUGGUUGUUAUGUCUACGACUGCAUACAUUGCUGAUGUUAGCACUAAAGAAGAUAGAACUUUAAGAAUAGGUCUAGCAACUUUGGUUAUCAACUUAACAAUUCCUGUGGCACAGGCAAUUUCUGGGAUAUUAUUUAAUAAAAUUGGAUAUUAUGGUGUUUUAAGUAUUUCGUCUAUCAUAUUGGCGAUCGCGUUUGUGUAUGGUGUAUUUUGUGUGAAGGAAACGUCUUGUUUUAAAGAAAAAAAGAAGACUUGUGUUAUUUCUGAUGUGUUCAAUCCUAGUGACGCGUUAAGUACGUUGGGAAUUGUGUUUAAGAAAACUCCGAAUUUGACUAGGCUACAUUUGCUACUGACUAUGGCUAUUUUGCAGAGAUGUGCUUCAGAUGGUGAGGAUAACAUGACGUUUCUUUAUGUGCAGAAUAUAUUUCAGUGGACACCAGUAGAUUACAGCUAUUUCCGUACAGCACAGAGUAUCACAACUCUUCUUGGUAAUGUUUUAGGGCUGUGGAUACUAGUCAAAAUUUUAAAAAUUAAUGAUCUCAUAAUACUCUUUAUAACGGUAUACACCAGAUUAUUUGCACAAGUUAUUUUUGGCUUAGCAGCUACGUCCAUGGUUUUUUAUGCAGGAAUUCUUCUAGUAGUAGUGACGAGGCUCAAUAGGAUAGCUAAACGUUCAUACAUAACGAAAAUUGUUUCGGAAAAUGAUAUUGGAAAAACCAUUUCAAUGCUGGGGAUAGUUGAAGCCAUAGCUCCCGUGGUAGCGGUACCUGUCUACAACUUAAUAUAUCAACAUACUUUGGAAAGUUUUCCCGCAAUGAUAUUUUUCUUCAGCGUUUUGAUCUACACCAUUUGCUCUUUCAUUAUAGCGUUUAUGUACUGGAACGAUAGGAGAAUACAGAAGAAAGAGGACAAUCUUGAUAAGGCAGGUCAAAAUAUUUCCACAAUUGUUGAAUCAACACAUAUUUGA